AUGGUGCCUGUAAUUGCUCUGGACAGGAAUCGACGUGCAAGUGAGCAGCAUAGUGAAACACUGAACUCGGUACAUUCAGAGCCCCACUAUGGUGUAUCUCAAGAUCCCACAGUUUUAUUUUUUCCAUUGUCAGGUCGAGACACUGCGAUUCCACCAGUUCAUAGCGGCCAAACCGGGCGCCGCUCCCCCACGAGGCUUCGAAAUAGACAAUUCCUCGUCUCAUUGGCUGCGACUAUUUCCGUUUUCUCAGCUCUUGUUUUGUGGGUCAUUUGCAAAGCCCCCCACAACCGGGAGCAGCAAUCAGGGGCAAUACGGCGCCGGCUGUCUGCAAACAAGAGCGAACCCGAUGAAGAGCUAUCGCUUAUUGCAGAGCAGUGUGCAUCACUGGAGGCAGAUAUGGGCAUAAUACUCCCACUAUCAGGGACUCACUCCGAUAUAGAACGGGGAAGGAAGGUGGCGGAAAUAGCAUCAAUGUUAAGGGAAGCUGCAGCAGACCAUGAGCACGUCCACGCCUCUGCACCGUCUUUGAAAGAGGCCUCCACCUGGACGCUGUUCCGCAGUACAGAGGCCAUGACCGCAUCGGAAGGUGCAGCUGGUAGUCAAAGCAAUUGCCAGUUGAAAGAGGGUGAUAAUGCGCCUCUGCACACUGAUACUCUUAUGCCUUCUGUGGAAGCCGAUGCGUCUAAUGAGCAUCUUUCUCCUUUGCAGCAUUCUAGCUGGCCACUUACACAUCCGAUGUUUUUAUUUGAUCAAAAUAAAGUGCAACAUGGCUCAUAUCCUUCGCGCAUUGAUGGGGAGCCGUCAACGUCAGCUUUGGCAACGGUGCCGUUCUAUGAGGCGGGACAGGUGAAAGGGCCAUCGGACAUUACAAAUCAUCCUUUUGUCCGUUUGCCAGUGCUGGAGCCCAAUAUCUUCAUCAGAAGAUUUCAGUCAGAAUCUCUUUUCUCCAGGAUGUGGACGAAUGUCUCGACGUGGUCUCACUUCCUUACUUUGCGCAGGCUGUUUGCCAAAAGUAUUCUGAACCAAGAAGACACAGACACUCUCGUCCGUACGGUGGAAGGCUUAGUCGACGUUAUAUGGACUCAGAUGCAGAACAGGACUAUGCCUAUUCGGCCUUCUCUGGCAGUUGCUGCUCUCGGGCAUGCAUUCUUGGCAUUCGACUACAUAGUUUGCACAGUCCAGCUCCUCGGAGAUGCCAUGCAAGUACCUCUGUGGUGGGGAAAAUUCAUCAGCGCUUUCGAUAUUUCCUACGACCAUCAGAGAGGGCGAAAACGCCAACUUCGUCCAGGGCUCAACGCACAAUUUGCGCACCGCUUACUUAAUGCACUGAAUAUCUACAAAACAGGAACGCGCCCCAACGUCGAGGAGGUAGUAGAGUUAAAGCGCCUGCUCUUUUGCUUCCCGCAUAGCCCCAGGCCAUUCAGGGCGAGCCAAUACAAUCCCUGGAGGGAAGAUGAAUUACGAUUCAUGAAGUAUGGCCACUAA